AUGAGUGGAUUCCGUGUAUUAGACUUGGUCAAGCCAUUCACGGCCUUUGUGCCUGAAGUGAUAGCUCCUGAAAGAAAGGCAACUUUCCAACAAAGAGUUAUGUGGACCGGGAUCACAUUAUUGAUUUUCUUGGUUAUGUCUGAAAUCCCUCUUUAUGGGAUUGUUUCCAGUGAUGGAUCAGAUCCUCUUUUUUGGCUUAGAAUGAUGUUGGCCUCCAAUAGAGGUACCUUGAUGGAAUUGGGUAUUUCCCCAAUUGUUUCUUCUGGUAUGGUUUUCCAAUUAUUACAAGGUACAAAGAUUAUUGCUGUUGAUAUGAAUAAUAAGCAAGAUCGUGAAUUAUUUCAAACUGCUCAAAAAUUAUUUGCUAUUUUACUUUCAAUUGGUCAAGCUACCGUUUAUGUUUUAACUGGUAUGUAUGGUCCACCAUCUAAUUUGGGAGUUGGUGUAUGUUUAUUAUUAGUCUUACAAUUGGUUUUUGCAGGUAUUAUUGUAAUUCUUUUAGAUGAAUUAUUACAAAAAGGUUAUGGAUUAGGUAGUGGUAUUUCAUUAUUUACUGCUACUAAUGUUUGUGAACAAGUAUUUUGGAAGGCAUUUGCUCCAACUACUUCAAAUACUGGUAAAGGUAAAGAAUUUGAAGGUGCAGUAGUUGCACUUUUCCAUUUAAUUGGUAGUAGAAAGGAUAAGAAGAGAGCUUUAUUAGAAGCUUUUUACAGACAAAAUUUACCAAAUAUUUUACAAUUAAUUUCAACUAUUGGAGUUUUCUUUGUGGUUGUUUAUUUACAAGGAUUUAGAAUUGAAUUACCAGUUAAAUCAACUAGACAAAGAGGUCCAUAUGGAUCUUAUCCAAUUAGAUUGUUUUAUACUUCUAAUGUUCCAAUUAUGUUACAAAGUGCACUUUCAUCAAAUAUUUUCAUUAUUUCUCAAAUGUUAUUUGUUAGAUGGCCAAAGAAUUUCUUUGUUAAAUUAUUAGGUGAAUGGAGUGCAAGACCAGGUAGUGCACAAUUAUAUGCCAAUAGUGGACUUGCAUACUAUUUGCAACCACCAUUAAGUUUAACUGAAACUGUUUUAGAUCCAAUUAAGACUGUUAUUUAUAUAGGAUUUGUAUUGGGAUCAUGUGCAGUAUUCCUGACCACUUGGAUUGAAAUUGCUGGUUCAUCACCAAGAGAUGUUGCUAAACAAUUCAAAGAACAAGGAUUAGUUAUUGCUGGUCAUAGAGAUACUUCAGCUUAUCGUGAAUUAAAGAAGAUUAUUCCAACUGCUGCUGCAUUUGGAGGUGCCACUAUUGGAGCUUUAUCAGUUGCUUGUGAUUUGAUGGGGACUUUAGGAUCAGGUACUUCAAUUUUAUUAUCAGUUACCACCAUUUAUGGAUAUUAUGAAUUAGCCAUGAAGGAAGGAGGAUUCAAUAAAAAUGGUGUUGUUGGAGGAUUUGUUGAUGGAAUUUAG